AAUUCUAAUACAAAGGAGUACAGCAAGGGGUAAGGUAUUCUAGGUCUGUACUGCGUAUAUACAUGCUGACUACAGCAUGGUAAUAAUGCUUCCUAACUUGGUAUAUUUUGCGACAUAUUAAAACAGACAAUGAUUGAGAAACGUGGUAUAUAUAACAACUUAAUUAAAAUUGUUGUUUUUUUAAAUAAAGGAAAACAAAUAUUACUAAAGUAGGUUGGUGUAAGUGUAUGUUAAAAUAAGUUAAAUGGCCCGUGGCUCUGGAAAGAUCAUUGUUCAAUCAAAAAUGGACAAUCAAAAGGGUGCUGGGAGUGGAAAUAAUGUUUGGUCUAUGUUACUGGAUGAUGUUUCUUCCAGUUCUUCCCAAAGUGCUCUUUCUGAAAAUAAGAGUGCAAUUAUUCUUGGAGAUGAUUUGAGUGGCAAAUCCACUCUUACUGCAAAGCUGCAGGGAUUGGAAGAGACUCAUAGAGGUUCCGCCCUUGAUUUCCAAGCUAUGGAGGUUCAAGAAGAUGAAGCAGAAGAAAGUGGAAUCUGCAGAAUUUGGAUUGUUGAUGGACAUUUAGCAUACCGAAGUUUGCUACAGUUUGCACUUCCAAAAACCAGUCUCUCCGAUACUAUUGCUGUUAUUACUUGCGAUAUGUCACACCCAUGGGAAAUUCCUGAAUCACUUGCAAAAUGGACAAAGGUUAUUCAUGAGCAUAUUGACAGCCUAAAGUGUAAGCCGGACUUCUUAGAAGACUUGAAACAAAACAUUGUGAAAGAUUUUCAAAGAUAUGUUGAUCCCACUGAAGCAGAUGAGGUAAAAGAUACAUCCCUAGAUGUUUCCAAUGAUUCGUCAGUCAUUAAGCCCCUGGGUGAAAUCACGCUUAUUGAAAACCUUUGCAUACCACUGAUAGUAGUUUGCACAAAGUGUGACAGUCUCGAAACACUUGAAACCGAGUUCGGAUACAGCGAAGAGCAAUUUGAUUUCUUGCAGCAUUACUUGCGUCUAUUCUGUUUGAAGCAUGGUGCGUCACUUGUGUAUACAUCAAUGAAAGAAAAUAAAAACAUCGAGGUUUUGAAGAAAUACUUAUUACACAGGAUGUAUGGAUUCCCAUUUUCCGACUGUGCAAAUGUUGUUGAUCGGGAUGCGGUCUUUGUUCCAGCCGGAUGGGACAGUGAGAAGAAACUUUCCAUCAUCAGCGACAAUUUACAGAAGUUCACAGUUAACGACCCAUUUGAAUCCGUAAUACCACGUCCCCCUCUCACCAGGAAACAUGUGCAAGAUAUGAAAGAAGUUGUUGUGGAUGAUGAGCAAACAUUUUUAAUGAAAGCUCAAGCAGUGUUAAGCAAAGCUCCAACCGUGACAAAACCAUCCAGUGAUGCUCCUGCUAAGCGCACAUCCUACAGCCCAUUAGCUCCAGCUGCUGCUGCAGGCAAAGGUGGCAAGCCAGAUGUAUCUAAAACUGGAGCAAGCAAUGAAAGGAUGCUUGCUAACUUCUUCAACUCUUUGCUAAAUAAAAAGCCUGGCUCUCAGAUAGUUAAUGCCGGCGCAAAAGGAGCCAAACCAAACCAGCAAGCAGCUAAACCACGCUCAAGUUUAGGUGGAGGCUCAAGUACCAAUGAGUGAAAAUCGUGUAAAUGACUUUAAACAUGCAUGAUGCUGGUAUGAUGCAAGUGAUAAUAUGCAGGAUACCAAACUCACAUUUCCCAUAACAGUGUUUCAUAUAUGUGUUAAAUGUUUUCAAUUGUUAAACUUGUUUUGAAAAUGGGAUUCGUUCAAAAAGUAACAAGUUUUUUAGUAGCGCAAAUUUGCAUGUACUGUAUUGUACACUGCUUGUUAUUACCACCUUUAGUUCAAACAAGUUAAUUUCUGUACCCAUGUUACCAAGGCCUGUGUGUUUCAGUCCAUCGCAUAAGCAUAGUAUACGUUAAAACAAAAAAUAUUAGCAUAAUAUAUGUUUAAACAUAAAAUAUUGGCUACGAUAGGAGAAACACUAACAAAGCCUAUAAUUUCUAUUACUAGAGCAAUGUAAGAGUUAUUAUUAAGAUAUGUUAUUAUUAAAAAAAUAUCUUUUGUACUUCAGUAAAAGUUGGUAGAAUGAGUUGUGUAAUUGACUAAUCCUACACAGUAAUUUAGUGCCUGUGGAAUCAUAUUUAUGUAUAUUACCUUAGAAACAAAUAUAUAUAUUUUGUAAGUUCCAAUAUAGCUAAAUCAUGCCUUUUAGUUGAAGGUAAAUUAACAACUAAAUUUUUCGUAAACUACAUCUGUGCUUUACCUACAGUUUGUUGUAACCCCUUUUUACUCCAACGCUGGCCUCCUUUCAAAAUACUUUAUUUUCAAAUUGGUUUUAAUCCAUAAAAUAUAAUAUAUUAAACUUGUAUGGGGUUCAUAAUAGUGCAGUCUUUAAUUGAAACGGUAGUUUAAUUUCAAUGUUUCUUACUUUCUUUGCUUGGUCAAUUAUUAUAACCUGUUUUUUUAACAUUGAAUCGACUUUAAUUGUUUCAGUGUGCAUGCUGUAACUGCAUAUUACUGUAGACAUUGAUGUAAAUGCCCUGUGUAGCUUUUGCCCUUUAUUUGUAUGUCUGCUAUAGGAUAUAAAAUGUGUUAUUUUUGUAGCCAGUAAUCAUCAGCUACUCUAAUUGUGUCUUGUAUGCACCGUGACGUUCA